ACGAAUGUACAAUCGAGGAAUUCUUUCCAGAACUAAGAGCAUAAAGAAGCUUAAACAAACACUCAAAGAACUUAAAUUCUCAGCAUUUGUUACUGUGCUAAUAUUUCCUACACGUGGACUCUCAAUUCCUGCUACAAGGAGUGGAUUACCUGUAAUGAUGCAACCUGGAAUAGAAAAUUUCUUGCAAACACCACCAAGAAAAUAUGCAGAACAAAUAUAAGAUACAAUGAAACAUAUCAACGAAUAAUAUGGAUUUGAAGCAACAUCUUUCGAUGAGCAGUUGAUUAGAAGAGUCUUUUAAAGUUGUUUUAAAUAUAUGUGGAAUUUCAUAUUUACCGUAAACAGAAGGAAUUGGAUAUAUUCCUUUCUACUCUAGGCACAAGGCCCGAAAUUUUGGGAGAGGGUGCCAGUCGAUUAUAUCGACCCCAGUUAAUUUAUCGACCCCGAAAGGAUGAAAGGCAAAGUUGACUUUGAUGGAAUUUGAACUCAGGACGUAAAGACAGACAAAAUACUGCUAAGCAUUUCGCUCGGCGUCCUAACGUCUCUGCCAGCUCGUCGCCUUAGGAACUGGAAAUAUUGGUAUUGUUCACAUAUUUAUGUUACAUCUAUCGUGGAUUAAUAUAUGUACAAACAUUCAGUUCCAAGUAAUACAUUGUGAGAACCAGAAGUCAGACCAUAAAAAUGUCUAAGUUUAUCGAGUAUGCGAAGCGUUAUUGUUCCUGUCGGUGGAGAUUGUGUUAUGCUUGUUUUUUUGCUUCUAUACUCAUACAAACAUUCAAAGUCGAUCUAAGUAUGGCUUUUGUUUGUAUGUUGAAAACGCCCAAUCGUACAACUGAGGAAGUUAACAUUUCUGUAAACAACCAACACUGUUCCGGUUCAGAUAAUUAUUCAAUGAAUCAAAAUUUUGAAGGAGAAUUCGAAUGGAGUGCCACAUUACAAUCGAACAUGUUGGCCGGGUACUUUUAUGGAUAUAUUAUGUCUAAUAUUGUGGGUGGUUUCUUGGCUGAUAAAUACGGGGGGAAAAGAGUUGUGGCGGGUUCACUAAUCUUAGCCUCUAUUCUGUCUGUUCUUCACCCAAGUUUAUCUCGAAUUAGUGGUUACAUUACGCUUGUUCUUAGAAUUUUAACAGGUAUGGUAUCUGGACCUAUAUACCCAGCAAUUCAUUCAAUAUUUAGACGUUGGGGACCGCCACAGGAAAUUGGUUCACUGAUUGGGUUUUCAUUUGCUGGUCAAUUUCUAGGUACCUUCGUAGGCCAUUCAGUAUCAGGUUACCUUUGUGUUUAUGGCUUUGAUAAUGGAUGGGGUUCCAUAUUUUAUGUAUUUGGUAGUUUAUCGCUGGCGUUUAGCUGUGUAUGGUGUUAUUUUGUUUAUGAUAAUCCGGACACCCACCCGACAAUCACCGACGAAGAACGUUCUUAUCUAAAUACAUCUAUAACAAACAAAAAGGCAAUUAAGAAUGUACCAUGGAAAAAAUUAUUUUCUUCACCUGCAGUUUGGGCAAUUAACUUCGCUAUGUUCGCUAACAAGUGGAUGCAAACAUCUUUACAGGUAUUGCUUCCUCUGUAUAUGAACGAAGCACUAAAAAUUGAAAUCACAUCCAACGGUUUAAUGUCGUCUGCCCAUUCAAUUGGACAAGUCAUUGCUCUACCAUUAUGUGGGAAUCUGGCUGAUUUCGUACUUUCCAAGAAAUAUGUGUCAACUCGUUGUGUCCGUGUUUUGUUCCAAGACUUUUCUCUGAUUCUAUCUGGAUGUUUAUUAAUUGCCGUAACUUUCCUCAGAUGUGACCAAACCAUUCUAAUAAGUUUUCUCUUGUUUCUCUGUGGUGUAACAAUAUCAUUUAUCUGCGGUGGUGUUUACGUGAACAACAAAGAUAUUGCUCCAAAAUAUGCAGGUAUUGUAUUUGGAAUUGCAAACACUUUUGGAACAAUAGCCAGCAGCAUUUGUCCCUUAUCUACGAAAGCCUUGACCCCAAACGGCACUAAAAAAGAAUGGCAGAUUGUGUUUGCAUUGCUGUCUGGCAUAUGUGUAUCUGGCGCAAUCUUGUAUACAAUAUUUGCAAGAGGAGAAAUACAAGAUUGGGCAAGGUCAGAAGAGUCUGGACCUUACGUUAAUCAUAGCGACACACAAUCAAAUAAAAUUGCUUAG